UAUCAAACCCGUUCUCUUCCUUCUUUCUUUCCCUUGGCCGCUUUUUCUUUCUUUUCUUCUCUUCUCUCAUUCCAUCGCUUCUCCCUUAUUCUCUUCUAUACACAUAUUCUCUUUUACAUUCACCAUGUUGUCUUCUAAAAGGAUCAGUCUUGCCAAGGUCGCUGCUAGAGCCUUUAUUACUCCUGUGACUGUCCGAACAUUUGCCUCGUCCUCUAUUGCACGCAAUGUUAACAUCACACUCCACAAAGCCUCAUUUGAGACCUACAACUGCGAUACUCCUUCUCUGGAGGUCAACAUCUCCAAGGAGGAACUCGUCAAAAUGUACCACAGUAUGGUUAUCAUGAGACGCAUGGAGAUGGCCUCAGAUGCCCUUUACAAGGCCAAGCUCAUCCGUGGUUUCUGCCACUUGUGUACUGGUCAGGAAGCCGUUGCCGUUGGUAUGGAAACUGCCUUGACCCCUGAUGAUAAGAUCAUCACCGCCUAUCGCUGCCACGGCUUCACCUAUAUGCGUGGUGCCUCUAUUACUUCUAUCUUGGCUGAGCUUCUUGGACGUAAAGCUGGUAUCUCAGCUGGAAAGGGUGGCUCCAUGCAUAUGUUCACCCCUAACUUCUUUGGUGGUAACGGAAUCGUCGGCGCUCAGGUCCCCUUAGGAGCCGGUAUCGCUUUUGCUCAAAAGUACCUUGGUCAUAAUGCUUCCACAUUUGCUCUGUAUGGUGAUGGUGCUUCCAACCAAGGUCAGGUCUUUGAGGCCUAUAAUAUGGCCAAGCUUUGGGAUCUUCCCUGUGUCUUUGUCUGCGAAAACAACCGCUAUGGAAUGGGUACCUCUGCCAGUCGCUCCUCCGCUAACACCAGCUACUUCAAGCGCGGUGACUACAUCCCUGGUGUGAAGGUCAAUGGUAUGGAUGUUCUAGCUGUUCAUCAGGCUUGCGCCUAUGCCAAGGAAUGGACUACUUCUGGAAAGGGCCCCCUACUACUUGAGAUGGAAACCUACCGUUAUGGCGGUCAUUCCAUGUCCGAUCCCGGCACUACCUACCGUACUCGUGAGGAGAUCCAGCAUAUGCGCUCCAAUAACGAUCCCAUCACUGGCUUGAAGCAGCGCCUCCUGGAGCUCAACGUUGUUUCUGAGGAUGAACUUAAGGCCAUUGACAAAAAUGCUCGUGCUGAGGUUGACAAGGCUGUCGAAGAAUCUAAGGCCUCGCCUGAGCCUGAAUUGAAGGCAUUCUGGGAGCAAGUUUACAAGAAGGAGGCUGGUAUUCCAUUCUUGCGCGGACGUGAACCAGAGGAGACCCAUCACUUCUAAACAAACCGGAACUUUUUUUAUUUUUUACAGACGACAGGAAGAAAGGGCAGGAGGGGAAAGGGCACCAACUCAAUCACUCAUUUUAUCCGUAGAAAUUACUCGGGUGCUUAUUGCAUUCACAUAUUACAUAUUAAAUACACUUCUUUCAUAAAACAGAAUACUCAAUAUGUCCUG